AGACUGCCCAUGUUUCAAUCUCAUCCAACAUUAAAUAUUUAAUACUCUGAUAAUAUUAUAACAAAACGACAAGACAUUAAUUUUCUAAUUAACAAAAAUGUUGUGAUCCAAGUUAUUAGUUUUAAAAUAAAAUUGAGUUGACGAAUUAAUUAGUUUUUCUUUGAAAACAGGUGAAAAUCGAUGUAACACUUUUAGGUUAUAUCUCGGGAAGUGCGGUUAAAACGGUACGGUUGUUGUUUAAAAUAAUAAGUGACAAUUAUUAACAUAAAUAAAAAAAUUUUUAAUAAAUAAUAAGAAAAAAUUAUAGUGUGAUAUUUGUAUUGUUUUGUUAAAAUUUUAACCACUCAUAAUAAGAUCAAUUUAUUGAAUCUGAUGGUUGAUAUUAAGUUGAAAACAUAAUAAAAAGUUUACAAUAAUUGCCUUAUAACAUAGUAUUUAAAAGAAAAUGAAUAACCCAGUAGUGCCUGGACUAUAACUAAUAAAUUAAUUAACGAAACAACCAUAUUUGUAAAUAUAAAAAGAAAUACGAUACUAGCAAUAAUAAAAUUCGUCAAACGUCAUAAAAUAGUGUCGGUUAUCGAUUAGAAAAAAAAAACGAAUUAAUAUAAUCGAUUAAAAUCUACAAAAAUAUGUCGCAAAUUGCACUGUGUAAUUAUACUAAUAACGAUAAUAACAACAAUAAUGACAACAUUAGUGAGGAUUCCAGUCAACUGCCAACUAUAUAUAGGUGUCGCGCACCGAUAGCGAGCCUGGACUGUAUGGAAGAGUUCAGUGCCGGUAGCGGGCUUAGCGGUUUGGCGGAACGCGGAGGAACCGGUGAUUCCACGAUAACGAAAGAGCAGCUGCUUUUGAGCGGGUUGACGCAUUCGGCGCCGACUGUACCUCUACAAUUGACUAGACAGACUUCGGUUACGCCGGGACUGAGGUACAGGAAUUUGGGGAAGAGUGGAUUGAGGGUGUCUAAUAUCGGUCUCGGCACUUGGCCAACUUUCAGUCCUAAUUUAACCGAAGAGCAAGCGGAGCAAAUAAUUGUAUUGGCUGUGGAAAGUGGAAUAAACGUCUUCGAUUUAUCAGAAGCUCAUUCAGGUACACGAGCUGAAGUAGAAUUAGGUAGAAUUUUAUCGAGAAAAGGAUGGAAAAGGACGAGUUAUAUUGUGACUACAAAAAUUUAUUGGAGCACGAGAUCGGAAGAACGCGGUUUGUCACGUAAACACAUCAUAGAAAGCGUCAAAGCGAGUCUGGUCCGACUGCAAUUGUCUUAUAUCGAUGUCGUCAUCGUUCACAAAGCCGAUCCGAUGUGUCCGAUGGAAGAGGUGGUUCGAGCUAUGCAUUACGUCAUCUGUCAGGGUUGGGUAAUGUAUUGGGGUACGGCGCGUUGGUCACCCGUUGAAAUAAUGGAAGCCUACACCAAUUGCAGACAAUUCAACUGCGUCACACCAAUAGUUGAACAAACCGAAUAUCACAUGUUCUGUCGCGAAAAAACCGAACUUUACAUGCCGGAACUUUACAACAAAAUAGGAGUUGGUUUGAUGGCUUGGUCGCCGAUCUCUAUGGGGUUCACUCAAGGUCGCGACGACGGAAGCGGAAGUGGAGGCGGCGGUAGCGUUCAAUUAUUUUCGCGCGCUAGUUUUAAAAAUAAAUACAGCUCCUUCUCGUGGACUGAAGAUGAAACUACCGCCACCAAUAAAGAGAGUUACAGUUGGAUGAAAGAUAGGCUGCAACCAGACGAGUCGAGAAAACAGGCGGAAAAAAUACGGGAGCUGAGCGCGUUGGCGGAAAAAUUGGGAUGCUCUUUGUCCCAAUUGGCCAUAACGUGGUGUUUGAAGAACGAGUCCGUUCAAUGUUUAUUGUUAGGGGCUAAUUCGGUCGAUCAGCUCUACGAAAGUAUACAAUCCUUACAGUUGAUUCCGAAACUUAACACAAAUAUGGUAGCCGAAAUCGAACGUAUUUUAGAAAAUAAACCGACCCGACCUCCGAUGGUAUCCACUUUGGCGCUAAGAUGACAAUCAAUGUGCCCCCCCGGUUCCAUAAGUGGUAAUCAGGGAGGCACUAGCGCGGCCUGCAGUCCCAAAGGCGACGAAGUAAGUAACGCCGACACCGACGCCAAAGAAACCCAAAAACUUCCGUUCUGCGAAAUUCAGUGACAAAAGGCCACCGAGUUUGUAAAAACUCGUAAAAGUAAAACUCCCGAUGAAAAACCGACGGUAAAAGAGAAGGUCAGAUGGUCGUAUAGCCCCGAUGAAGGUCCGAAAUGCACAACCGAAACGUUCAUUACGAGAAAAAAGGAAAAGAAAAUAGCUUCGAGUCCGGUGCCGGUAUGAAAACGGAGGAAUUUCGAGGACGAGGUGCUCAUUUGAAAUAUUUGUUUCUUAAUAACGUUAAUCGUCAUUUUAGCUACGGCGGCUUUUUAUAUAAAACGCCAAACUGCUUGUUUUUGUCGAUUUUUAAAAAUUUUGAUCGAAAAAAAAAUGAAUUUUAUCGCUAAAAGGACUAUAACUUUAGUCCAGAACUGAAUAUAGUUCUAUAAUAAAAUAAACGCGAUUUAAAUAAUAUAAUACAAUUUUUAGAGAAAUAAAAUUACGUACGCCACUGAUUAAAUACGAUCUAAGCUAUCACAAUACCCAUGACUUUCGAACGUUAUCACUGCUUAUUUGUUUUAGGAAAGUUUUCCAAGUUACAAGUGUUUUUUCUCGUCAUAUUUUUCUAAGAAAAAAAAAUCCACCACUAUCGGAGUAGUUUUUAUACUGUAUAUAAAAAUCUGAUUUCAAACAAAACAAAAAUCAGAAUAAAACAAUCAUGGCGAUCUAUAAAAUAAUAAAUUCGAGGCGUGUUUUCUAAUAAUACAAAGUCGUGUUAAAAAAAUUCAUCUAUCAAUAAGAAGACUUGAUAAAAAAUAUCGCGACGUAAAUUUCCCUCUCGACUAGUUAUAAUUUGAAUUAAUAUCGUUACAGUUUCGUAUCACAAUAUGGCGUAUUAAAUACACUCAGUGACGUGUGCAGUUUUACGAGGGGUAUACUAUAUUAUACAAUUAGUGUUCUUAUUUGUAAAUAUAAAUGAAGAUGUUUUUAAAUUAUAUUAAACAAACUUGAAAUAAGGUAACGAUAAACCUCUGUGAAUAUUUGUGAUCCGAACUAAAUUUAAAAAUAACAACGAUCUUUUUGUCCAAUAUAAUUGGUAUAAAUAAAUUUGAUGAUGGAAUGUUGUAUUUCAACGAAAGUUGUUCGUGUACAGGAAUAUAUUGUAGAUUAAAAUGAAAAAAUAAUUCGAUAAAUUUAUUUCGAAGACAUUCUAUGGUUGUACUUCAGUAUAUUUCCGAUCAGUUUAGCGUUUUCCAGGUCGUAAAAUCCAUUUAUCGAGAUUAAGUACUUCUCGUUUAACCUAUUUUCCAUAGAUUGACUUCCGGUUCUGAUUUUUGAACUUGAUUUUUGAAGGGUAAAGUUUUAUUUUAGGCGAGGCUAUUUUUGGGGGAUGGGGGCUUUGCUGAAGGGGAGAAAGACAUGCAUGAAGAAAAAAGUCGAAAAUAAUUGUUGUUUCAAACAUUAUUUACAUUCAAAUUCGUCUGUCUCUUGUUGUUAAUCAGACUGAAGCGAUGGAAAAUUUUUUUUAGGUAGGUUUACUUUAGCUUUUAAUAGGUUAGGUUUCCUUUGGCGUUGAUUAGACUUCAUUUACAAAAUGUAACAAAAGUGUCUCGUUUAUGUCAAUUUUUGACUUUUUACCUUUUCGCAAUUGUGAUAUUUUUUUUAAAUAAUUAUAAAAUGAGUUUUUGGGAUGUUUUACGAUGAUGAAGUUGUCCAUUUGGUCAGAAACGUUCUUUUAUUUCAAAAAAAUUUUUUAUUCUUUAUUUGCAUUUAAAAUAAACGCUUGAAUCAAUUUUUUUUUUAAAAUGCGACACAAAAAUUAUUAUAAACCAACCAAUUUUCAAAAAUUAGGUAAUAAAAUUGGUGCUACUUCGAUGACAGCUGUCAAAUUCUGUUUCAUUCUUUUUUUAACAAAUAUAGCAGAAAUUAGAGCUAAAAUGUCAUUUGUAAGAAAGUUUUCAAAAUAAUUUUUGAAAUCGAUUGAAAAUGUCGAAAAAAAUUAAUUUCAUCCGAUUGGCAACUGUCAAAAUUAGUUUUUAACGUCAAAAAUCCACUAAAUCAGUUUGAUGACGAAAAAAUGAAAGCUGUCAAAAUCUUUCACAUUUCUAGAAAUCAGUUACAAAUUGCGAAAUUUCCGCAUUUUCAUUAGAUUUUAGCAAUAAUAUUCUUAAAACAGCUCAAAAAUUUUUGCAAUUUUGAAAAUCAUCAAUUCAACAAUUAUUUCAAAUGGAUCAAAUUCUUUUUGAAAAAUUUAAGAUUCUUUACAAAAUUAUUAGACAAUAAUAGAAAAAUGUAGCGUUAAUAAAAAACAAUCGAAUUGGAUGGCUUUGUAAUAAUAUCUAACUAACAACACUUAUAACAUGUGACAGAAAAAAAACAUCAAAAUAUAAUAGUAGUAAUAGUAAAAUAUUAACCAAACUUGCCUGAAUUGAGUUUUAAUAGUAAUAGGGUUUGAUUAGAUUCAAAUUUCUUUUUUAUAUUUUCACCACGCAUUGUAAAAAGCUUAAAAUACUACUCUUCCAUGUUUACCACAUACGCCAUAUUGGAAACAUUUUGACACGUCGUUGGAACUUUUAGAACACAACUUCGUUUAAGAUCAGAUUGAUUAUGUCUAAGAACUCAUAUAACGGAAAUUUCAUGUAUCUACGCAGAUUCGUAAAAUCAACCAACUUAUUUUAUACAAAAUAAUUUUAAGUAAAUAUUAAUACUACUUUUAUCUAAAAUUAAUAUUUGUUUCAUUUAAAAAUCAGGUUUACAACUAGUUUAACAAAUAGGAAAAUAUGUAUGCACGCCACAAUGUAACAGUAGCCACUUCGAUUUGACUUCAUGUGUUCGUUAUAUUUUGUGUUUUUGUCGGGUAUGACGUCAUUUUUAGAGAGAAGCGAUACGUUAUUAAAAUGAUGCUUUCUACAAAUUGUUGCUAGGCAAACACUCGCAUUUAAUAUUAUUCUCUUUUUUGAUAUUUCUAAUGUUUCUUUGUUAUAGCUGUAUCAAAAUAAUGAGAAAUUACGAUAAACUUUUUUACUUUAGUAAAAUUUCGGAAUAUUAAUAAGAAUUUUAAAUGUUCUAUACAUUUUUAAUAUACAGGGUAGUUAAAUAAGAUGCAGGUUACACGUUAUAUGAUAUUAUGACAAAAAAUGGCAAUAUCCUUGAACAAUUUUCGACAUAUUAUACAAGGUAUAGUAAAAGAAUCUAUUAAAUCUAUUUUUUGUAAACAGAACAGGAAUAACCCUAAUUAACUAUAUUUGAUAUUUAUAUCUGAGUUCAAAUAAUUAAAAAUGUUUGCAUAGUUAUUGAAAAUUUACCAAUUCAUUAAUUUGAUCGAUUGAAAUUGUAUUUUUUCACCAUUUUUUUUCGUUUUUGGAAAACUUUUUACAAAACACGAACAAAUUUCGAGAUUUUUCCAAUUUAAACCAUUAUUUUACGUUUUGAUUAUAAAAAUAAUUAGUAUUAGAAUUAAUAAAUAUCCAUCAAAAUAACAGUGUUGUCAUUUAACAAAUUCAAAGACAUACCUUGUAUAUCUUAUUAUUCUCCGUGUAAAAACCCUCCCUGUAUGUCACUAUGUACAAUUUCUCAUUUAUAUUAAUAUAAAUGAGAAGUUAAAUAGUUUUUUUUUCAACCCUGUAUGCAUACGUCAAAGAACUGUUUUAGCUAUUGAUUUAUUUUUAACCAAUAUCUACCUAUAGUUUGUAAUUUUAACAUAUCGCCAUUAGCAAUAAAUAACACACUAUUUUCAAACUGAAUAAAAUUCUGUUGACUCGUCUUUAUUAUAUAUUAUUGUUAUAAAUUUAUUGUUGAUCUUUUGUACAUAUAUAUUAUCUCUUAAAUAAAUUGUUUAACGUUUAAUUUAAAUGUAUUAGUGAGCGCGCCAAAUUUUAUAAACAAACUAAUUAAAUUAAUAAACAUUCCAUAGUCCGAUUAAAGUUAUAACCACACUUUUUUCUUUAAAAGUUGUCUCUAUGGUGAAUACUGUCUGUGUUAAAACGAAGAGAACCUUCUUUUCGACGUUGCCAGAGUGUAUGUGUUUUACGUUAAUUAAGAAACUUUUUUAUUCAUUGUUGAUAAUAGAUGAUUUGGUUAAAUAAUUUGUGGCACUCACUGUUUAUAUCGUGUACAUAACGUGUAAAUAUAUAAUUUUAAAUAAUUUUCGAAGGGCAAAAUAUUAAAUAUAUUAAGGAUUUUAAUUAGUAGACAUUUUUCACAAUUCGGAAUUGUGCGUAAAACAAAAUAUAGUAUUUAGUAAAAUUUACGAAUAUUCACUCGUUUUUACUUAUAUUUUUUAAAGUUUUAAAUUGUAAUUGUUAUUUAAUAAGGGUAAUUGCCCUUUUUUACUCCUCUUACGCUUUUAAUUUUUAUGAAAUUGUAGAAUUUAAUAAACAAAAAGCACUUACCAAUUCUCCUCUUUAUUUUUUUAUACAAACCUAUUUAUAAAACUAUCAAAUAUGACGAAAUAUUUAAAAUAACUGUCAUUCAAUUCAAAAUUUAAUACAACCCUCGUAUACGCAAAGCACACUAUCAUUUCCCUAGGCCAAAACAAAACCAGUGUUGCCAAUGAUGAUAUCAAUACGUCAUACAUCUAUUCAUGACCGUUUGUACUUUAUAUAAAAAAGAUAGACGGUAGCAAAGUUUAUGGAUUUAUUUUUUGUUCAAAUUUUCACCAUAAUUAAAUACUAAAAUAAUCUAAGAAACACAUUCAUUCUCUUUAAAAUAUUAAUUUUUACAUUUAACACGUCCUGUAUCUAUAAAUGGUCAUCUCUGCUAUUUGGAAAGAGAAACAAAAAGAGAUAGAUAUAUCAAAUCCGAACAAUUUCACAAAUCAGUGUUACCAACCCUUGGUUAGUAUCUCUAUUAAUACAAGCAGUUCUUCGCAGAAUUGCGAGAAUAUUUCGUCAUAUUGUAACUAUUUGGGCCUCACUAGGCCUCGUUGUUAUUGUAAAUAUUCAAACUGUUACUAUUUCAAAAUAGACUCAAAAAUGCUUCUGUAUGAGGCGACUCGAUGUGAUUUUACAAAAUAUCAAUUAACUAUCGGUAGUUGAGAUUGUUUCAUUAAACAAUAGAGGUCGUUCGAAAAAAUCGUUUAUCAAUUUUAAUUAUUAUAAUUCAUUUUAACCGCCGUAAUUUAUUUUUAUUUGGAAAAAAAUGUGUUCGUAGGAGCAUAAAAAUUAAUGAGCGGAAUAAAUUACAACGAGUUGCCUGUUAAUUUGUUUUAUCUCAAAAAAAAAUGUAAAUGCGUUCCAAUGAAACCACGUGGGUUUACACUUGUUUCGAACUCUGUGGUGUGCGAUAUACUGAGUGCUUGAAUUUUUUUAUUAAAAAUAAUAUAUCCUUUAA